AGGUGGAUCUCAUUUGAUGUGGAAAAGAAAUACUAAUUACUCAUCUUCAUUUUUAAACCUUGAUAUUUUUCUGGAAUUGAAAAACAAAGCAGGGUUCUUCCUCCCAAGGAGGCAGUUGAAGUUUGGUUAUCACCAUGUGCUCUGGGGGUUUCGCUAAGUGUCUGGGGAUCAGUCUGAUGCCCCUGUCGAUUGUGUGCGUGCUGUGUAACAUCCUGCUCUUCUUUCCCGGCGGGAAGACAGUGGCAAGUGAACACAUCACCGAUGAGGUGUGGUAUUUUGGAGGAAUUCUUGGCUCGGGAGUCUUGAUGAUCUUCCCAGCUUUAGUUUUCCUGGGUCUGAAGAACAAUGACUGCUGUGGCUGCUGUGGCAAUGAAAGCUGUGGGAGGAGAUUUGCGAUGCUGAGUUCCAUACUGUUUGCAGGUGUGGGUGUUAUAGGAGCUGGCUACUCGGUCAUAGUUUCAGCCGUCGCCAUAAACCAUGGACCUGAAUGUCUUGCUGUAGUUAACGGCACACAAACGUGGACGUAUCCCUUCUCUGAGAGUGGCUACCUGACCAACUCAAACUUGUGGUCUCAGUGUAUCGAGCCCCUGAAUGUGGUGUCAUGGCACCUCUCCCUAUUCUCAGUGCUGCUGGUCAUGGGUUUAAUCCAGAUGGUGCUGUGUGCAGUGCAGGUGCUGAAUGGCCUGCUGGGAGCUCUGUGUGGGGACUGCUGUGGCGGGAGUGAUGGAGCCGUGUGAGCAUUACUUGUGGCUGAAAGAAAGGUUCUUCUGGUUGUAGAACAUAUCACCUCAUUGCGUUUAUCUUUAAUAGUACAUUUAUAGGAUAAUGGGAGCUACUUGUUUAUAGCCUAGUAUAGUCCAACCUGUUUUAAAUUGACCCCGUUUAUGCCGACAACUCGUCGAAGUCAACCAACUGGUGUUAAGUCUCCGUCCACCAUGUUCUUUUAUUACUAACAUGUGCCCACUUAAGCAUCCCACUUGCACAGUCACAAAUAAAUGUGCAAGCAACAGCUGCUUUUGGCUAAGCCAACAACGGCUUAUGUUGACAAGAGGUAAGGGGCGUCGACUUAAAUGGAUUCCACUGUACAGUAUUCUGCAUUCUGUACAACACUGUUGAAAUGACUCCCACUUAAGAGAUUUCAACCGAUCUAACUCCAUUUUCUAACUUGAUUGCUAUUUUGUAUGUAAUUAUUAUUCAUUAAAUGCAAGAAAAUAAAAUGGGUAAUUACGUGUUUUCUACUGAAUACUUCAUGUGUAUUUUUCCAUAGUGAUCCAGGUUUGAAUCUUCUAGAACAUCUGUGUGGAAUUUGCAUGUUUUCCUUUGUGCUUGUGUGGGUUUUUCCGGUUACCCCGAAGGUCCAAAAACAUGCAUGUUAAGUUAUUGAAGACUCAAAAUGUUUGCCUAGACGUGCCUUCGGAAUGACCGGCAACAAGUCCAAGGUGUACCCCACCUCUUGCCUACAGUCAGCUGGGGUAGGCUCCAGCUCAUCAGGGACCGUAAAUGUGGACACGUAGUAUAGAAAAUGUGUGGAUGUUUGGGUACUGCGCUAUUCUUAAUUGUUUUGCUUUCAAUGUUAACAUAAAAAACUUACUUGAAUAAAGAGUGACAAUGCGGUGUAGCGCUUCAUUAAUUCCUGGGGAAAAUGUGUUAUGACUGCCCCCUACAGUGCUUUUUUGGUGCGGAUUUAUUUAUGAGUCUAGUUUGCAUUUAAUGGAAGCGAUUGCAUGUCAUUUUGAAAAAGUACCUGUAAUUUACCCUAAAUAA